AGAUAUUGUACAUUUAUAUGAAUGUAAUUACGUAGCAUUGACAGUAAAAUAUAUAUAUGUGGAUAUUAGUGAAUUAUAUGAUUUUUAUUUUAAACAAUUUUUAGCGAUUUUAUUAAAAAAAUCUCCACUUUUAUACCGAGUAUUUAUUUUGGAGUAUUGGAGUAGGGAUCAUCUGCAUCUGCGUUGGCGCAAAAAAUUUGGCGCCAAAAUAAUAGUUUUGUUCUGUCACAUACUGGUUUGUGACUUUAAUUUAUUUCAUUAAAAAUGUAUUCGAAACUAUGAUUUAUUUAAAAAUCAAUGAUCAUAAAAAUUUAUUUUCGAGUUAAAUUUAAUCAUUGCCAGUGAUGAGAAUUAUUGUAGCUUUGGAAAAAAAUUUUAUUCACUGUAUAUAAAAAAUUUAGAGGUUACAAGUGAAAAUUAAAUUUAUUUUGUUAAUGAAAAAUUGAAUAAAUAUUGGUAAAAUAUAAGAAGACAUUGAAAAAUACGUCGAAAGAGAUCACUAUGGCAGAAUUCGGAGAACGAAUAAUUGUUUUAAUCGAUAUGGAUUGUUUUUACUGUCAAGUUGAAGCUAAGCUGGCUCCUGAAUUAAAAGGAAAACCACUAGCUGUCAUUCAAUAUAGUUCAUUCAAUCCAGGAAGUAUAAUUGCUGUCAACUAUGAAGCUAGAGACUUCGGUGUAACUCGACAUAUGAAAGGAAAUGAAGCCAAAGAAAAAUGUCCAAAUAUUCAAUUGGUAACUGUACCUCCUCUUAGAGAUAAACCUGAUACAGGAAGGUACCGAGUGGCUGGAAAGGAAGUUAUUGAUGUAUUAAAAAAACAUUGUUCAACUAUCGAAAGAGCAAGUGUUGAUGAAGCCUUUUUAGAUAUUACAGAUUUAGUAGACAAAAAAAUGUCAGAAAUGUUAACACCAUCAAUUGAUUUAGCGGAUAAAUUAUCUAAUACUUACGUUAUAGGAUAUUGCGAUAGUGACACAAAAAAUGAUGAAAAACGAAAGGAAGGAAUUCAAAGAUGGCUCGAAGAUAUAUUUGAUGAUCUUGGAGAUAUUCAAGCGAGAAGAUUAGCAAUUGGUGGACUAAUUGUUGAAUUUUUAAGAGCUGAAAUUUAUUCUCAAUGUGAAUACCGAUGUUCAGCUGGUAUAUCCUACAAUAAAAUACUUGCGAAACUUGCUUGUGGUUUGCAUAAACCAAAUAAGCAAACUAUUCUACCUGGCUCAGCUGUUCCAGGUCUUUAUUCUUCUCUACCUGUUAGAAAAGUAAGAAAUCUUGGCGGAAAAUUUGGUAAGAUUGUUAUGGAGUCACUUGAAUGCAAUGUAAUGGCAGAUCUUUUGCGUUAUUCAAUGCAAGAUUUUCUUAAAAAAUUUGAUGAAAAAACAAGCAAUUGGCUGUUUAAUAUCGCAAGAGGUAUUGAUAACGAACCAGUAACACCAAGACUCAUUUGUAAAUCAAUUGGAGCGAGUAAAAAUUUUUUUGGAAAGCAUGCUCUUACAAAUGUAGAAACAUUAAAGCACUGGAUCAAUGAAUUAUCUAUAGAAAUUGUUGAUAGACUAGAACAGGAUUUAGAAGAAAACGAAAGACGAGCCACAAGCCUAACUAUAAGCGUUCAUUAUCAUCAAGAUCGAAAAAUGAUUUCCCAAUCUAAAGCUUGUGCAUUAACUUCUUAUAAUUCCGAAAAAAUUUCUAACUUAUGUUUUAAUGUUAUUACAAGAGCAACCAAGCAACCCAUUGCAUUUAUAGGCAUGUCUGCUGGAAAAUUUAUUCCUAUUAAAGGAAGCAUGGGUUUUAAAAAUUUUUUCAAGGCUGGUCCUAGACUCCAAUCAAAUGAUGACAAUGAAAAAACUCAAUCAAUUGCUAAUCAAGAUAAUAAUGAUGAAAAAGACAAUCAACAAAAGUGCAAAACAAAUACAUUAAAUAAUUUUUUCAAAACACCUAAUAAAUUAUCAACAGAAACUUCGAACAAGUCUGAAAGAGAUACGUCAUUUGUACGUAAAAAAACAGAAGAUAAGAGUCAAAUUGAUACUGAUAUUCAAGUGAAAUCUAGUUUGUUAAGUACUCCAGAUAUAGACAAGGCAUUGAAUAAAGACAAUUUUAAAAGUUCAUUCUUUAUGAAUUUUUUAAAAAAUACUCAACCUUCUACGUCUGAUAAUAAUCUUUCAAGAGAUCAAAGUGAAGAAAAUGCAAGUAAUAAAACAGAAAAUAGUAUAACAAAUAAAGAUCCGAAUGGAACACUGGAGUUGCAUGACUCUCCUGAUGUUUUUGAUGACUUAGAUUGCACAACAGUAUCUGAAGAUCGAGAGAAACAUCAAACAGACCAAUCUAAUGAAACAAAUAACGCCAAAACCGAGAAGGAUAAUAACAACGUUUUAGUGCAACUAAAAGAAAUUUUUCCUGAUCUUGAUAAUAUUGAUCAAUCUGUAAUAAAAUUAUUGCCUAUCGAAUUACAGAGAGAAGCGAAUGCUUAUUUAAAAGCAAACAAGAAAGAAGUAGCUAAUAAUCAACUAAAACUUAAGAGUCCGAAGCAAUCAAAAAUUAACGGAAAAAACUCGACUGCUAAAUCAAAUAUGAAGUCUAAAAUUUCUGGAAAAAAUGUAGAAAAAAAUAAUUCUAUGUAUAAUUUUAUUGUAAAAAGUAAUCCAAAUGUAAAUAAUCCUGAAAUGAAACAGUGUACAGAAUGCCAUCAAAUGAUUCGACAAGAAAAGUAUGGAGAACAUUUAGAUUAUCAUGUUGCAAAAAACUUGCAGAAAGUCAUUAAUCAACUACCAAGUGAAGAAAAUAGCAAUUUAAGUAACUUGGAUAGCCCUUCAACGAAGAGAAAAAUUAAUAAUGAAAGCAAUCAACAAACCAAUAAAAAAGCUCGAAGUAUAGAAUCGUUUUUUACAUAGUUAAUUAACAAAUUU